AUGUGCAACGAAAAUAAACACCAAGAGCGCGAUAAAUUGAAAACAGACGUGCUGAAAGAGAAUGACGGUCAAAAUGCUAUGAAUGACACAGUGCUAAGUAACCGCACUUGUAGUCAGAACAUUCUGUUGCAGACUUUAUACGUCAGAUUGCGAGGCAAUCAGGAAGGGAAAAUCGUGAGAUGUCUUAUUGAUUCUGGCUCCCAACGGUCAUAUCUGAGUAAACGAGUCGCUGAAGAAAUGCAGUACGAUCGUCUUAAAGAAGAGAAAGUUAUACAUAAUUUGUUUGGUGGUAAAGAACACAUAGAAAAACAUUACCGACACAGAGUAUUAGUCAGUAGUAUUAACAAAGAAUAUCACUGCAAUUUUGAAGUACUUGACCAAGAAAAAAUAUGUUCUAAAAUACCAACUUUGAAGUUAGAUCCAUGUGCGCAAGAAUUGAAUAAAGAAAAUAUAAUUUUGACAGAUCAAUUGAUUCCAAAAGAAACAGAAUCUGAAGACAUAGAUUUAUUAAUUGGAGCUGAUGUAGCAGGACGGUAUGAAGUGGCAUUACCGUGGGCCGAGGAUCGUCUACCAUUACCUACAAAUAAAGAGUUAGCGCUUAAACGCCUGGAGACAACAACACGGAAACUUUGCUCUCAAAAUUUAAUUAAUCGAUAUGAUGAAGUUUUAAAAAAUUGGGAAGAUUCAGGCAUAAUCGAGGAAGUGAAACAAUGUGAAAAUAUUGAUAGCGGACACUACUUGCCCCACAGACCAGUGAUUAAAGAAAGCAGUUCUACUCCCGUACGGCCUGUGUUUGAUGCGUCUGCAAGAACUAAGUUUUCGCCGUCACUGAAUCAAUGUUUAGAAGCUGGACCCAAUUUAAUUGAAUUAAUCCCAUCACUUUUGCUAAGAUUCAGAGAGAAUAAAUACGGUGUCGUUGCAGACAUAGAAAAAGCUUUUUUACAGAUUAGCAUUAGGCCACCAGAUAGAGAAUAUCUUAAAUUUUUCUGGUGGAAGAACAUAGAUACAAAGGAACUGAAAAUAUUUCAGCACACCAAAGUUGUGUUCGGAGUAAAUAGUAGUUCAUUUUUAUUGGGUUCAGUUUUAGAUUAUCAUUUUCAAAAUUGCAUGAAAGAUACAGAACACGAUCAGAAAGUUGUAGAAAAACUGAAACAUAGUUUUUACGUAGAUAACGUUUUAUCCAGCCUUGAAAGUGAAGCUGAACUUCAAAAUUUCAUUGAAGAAUCUCGUAACAUUAUGGCACAAGCAAAAUUUAACCUAAGAUGUUGGCAAUAUUCGAACGAUAAAAACCCUGAAGUCGAAACAAAUCUUUUAGGACUGAUUUGGAACCGAAAAACGGAUACUAUUAAAUUGAGUUUGACUUGGAUAGAAGACCAACAUUUUGACAAAAUCACUAAACGAGUAAUUCUAGCUGUUACACACAAAGUGUUUGAUCCAGUGGGUUUUGUGAGUCCAGUUCUCCUUCUACCUAAGCUGAUGUUGCAAGACUUAUGGAAAUCUGGAAUAUCCUGGGAUGCAGAAGUAGACGAAAGCAUGAAAGAAAAAUUUCUUCAUUGGUUUGGAGACCUCUGUCUGCUAAAAGAAGUCUCAAUUCCACGAUGGGUGCAGUGCCAUGAAAAGAAUAAGAAGUCUUGUAGCAUCCACACGUUUUGUGAUGCCAGCGGGCGUGCCUAUGCUGCUACGGUAUUUUUAAGAAUCCAGACGGACACAGAGGUUGAGGUUCACUUAUUAGCUUCGAAAUCCAGAGUGGCUCCUGCCAAGCAGAUAACUAUACCUCGUCUUGAAUUGAUUGCUGCCACUGUUGGAGCAAGACUAUGCACAUCAGUUUUAGAAAGUUUGCAAUGGCAGAAUGUUGAACUUACAUUUUGGACAGACUCGACUGUUGUCUUGUCUUGGAUACAAAAAGAAGAAAUAUGGACAGUUUUCGUGGCUAACAGAGUACAUGAAAUCAGGAAGUUAACAAAGCCAAAUUCAUGGAAAUUUGUGAAAGGAGUAGAGAAUCCAGCCGACCUUCCUUCCAGGGGCUGCUCAGCUAAACAACUGCUGGCGAUGAGAUGGUGGGAGGGCCCGUUUUGGUUAAAGAAGAAUGAAGACGAAUGGCCACAAUUUAAUUUGGUUUUCAAUGAUGAAGAAAUUUCUCGAGAAAAGCGAAGGAGUGCUGUGAUAAAUACCCAAGUCAAUGUGGAAAGCGAAGAUAUGUUUCACAGAUACUCAAAUUAUCCGAGACUCAUUAGAUUCUUUGGAUGGAUUUAUAGGUUCUACUUGAAUUCGAAGUCUAAAAAUUCUAAACAAAAAGCAAAUCUAAGUGUACAGGAGAUGAAAAAUGCGAAAAAUGCGAAAAAAAAAAAAAAAAAAAACCCUAAGUCCGGAGUUGUCACACGUCCUGUGCAACGUGUGUACAGUUUAGAAAUAAUAGAAAACGAUGAAGGUACACUUUUGAGAGAUAAAGCCACUACUCGGAAGAACCAGGAACCAGUGGUAACGCGAAGUGGACGAAUAGUAAAAGAACCCAAGAGACUAGGCUCCACAGCAGAUUGA